CGCUCGGUGCGGGAGGCUCGGAGGGGCUGGCGAUGGCUCCGGCGAGGCGCCGCUCAGAUUGCAGUUAUAGAAGAUAGACACCCAGGAGAUUUUGCCUUUCGCCAUGGCUCAGUUUGGAGGACAGAAGAAUCCCCCUUGGGCUACUCAGUUUACAGCUACUGCAGUAUCUCAGCCAGCUGCUCUUGGUGUACAGCAGCCAUCGCUGCUUGGAGCCUCUCCUACAAUAUACACCCAGCAGACGGCAUUGGCAGCAGCAGGCCUAACUACACAAACACCAACGAACUAUCAGCUAACUCAGACAGCUGCUUUACAGCAGCAAGCUGCAGCUGCAGCAGCUGCAUUACAGCAGCAAUAUUCACAACCUCAGCAGACUCUCUAUAGUGUACAGCAACAGUUGCAGCAACCUCAGCAGACCCUUUUAACUCAGCCAGCUGUUGCGCUACCUACCAGUCUUAGCCUGUCUACUCCUCAACCGGCAGCCCAGAUAACUGUUUCUUAUCCAGCACCCCGGUCAAGUCAACAGCAAACCCAACCGCAAAAGCAGCGUGUCUUCACUGGGGUAGUUACUAAACUACAUGAUACAUUUGGUUUUGUGGACGAAGAUGUCUUUUUUCAACUUAGUGCUGUUAAAGGAAAGACACCUCAGGUGGGUGACAGAGUUUUGGUAGAAGCUACUUACAAUCCUAAUAUGCCGUUCAAAUGGAAUGCACAAAGGAUCCAGACGCUUCCGAAUCAGAACCAGACACAAGCUCAGCCGUUACUGAAGACACCUCCGGCAGUUCUUCAGCCCAUUGCACAGCAGACUGCAUUCAGUGUUCAGGCACAGCCGCAGCCACAGUCCUUGUUGCAGGCACAGAUAUCAGCAGCUUCAAUCACACCUUUGCUUCAGACACAGCCUCAGCCAUUACUGCAGCAGCCACAGCAGAAAGGUGGUUUGUUACAGCCCCCUGUUCGUCUAGUUUCACAGCCUCAACCAGCUCGAAGAUUAGACCCACCAUCCAGAUUUUCUGGGAGGAAUGACAGAGGAGGAGACCCUAUGCCAAACCGAAAAGAUGACAGGAGUCGUGAAAGAGAACGAGAGAGACGUAGGUCCCGGGAAAGGUCACCCCAGAGGAAACGCUCCAGAGAGAGAUCACCUAGACGAGAGAGGGAGAGGUCGCCUCGAAGACCACGACGUGUUGUUCCUCGUUACACGGUUCAGUUUUCCAAGUUUUCAUUGGACUGCCGUAGCUGUGAUAUGAUGGAGCUGAGGAGACGUUACCAGAACUUGUAUAUCCCAAGCGAUUUCUUUGAUGCUCAGUUUACAUGGGUGGAUGCUUUUCCUAUGUCUAGACCAUUUCAGCUGGGAAACUACUGUAAUUUCUACGUAAUGCACAGAGAAGUAGACCCUAUAGAUAAAAACGCUGCUGUCCUUGAUCCACCUGAUGCUGAUCAUCUGUACAGUGCAAAGGUGAUGUUGAUGGCUAGUCCUAGUAUGGAAGAUCUCUAUCACAAGUCAUGCGCGCUGGCUGAAGAUCCCCAAGAACUUCGUGAUGGAUUUCAGCAUCCUGCUAGACUUGUAAAGUUUUUAGUGGGUAUGAAAGGCAAAGAUGAAGCUAUGGCUAUUGGAGGACACUGGUCCCCAUCACUGGAUGGACCUGAUCCAGAAAAGGACCCUUCCGUGCUGAUAAAGACGGCUAUUCGUUGUUGCAAGGCUCUUACAGGGAUUGACUUAAGUGUGUGCACACAAUGGUACCGUUUUGCAGAGAUUCGCUACCAUCGCCCUGAGGAGACCCACAAGGGGCGUACAGUUCCAGCUCAUGUGGAGACAGUGGUUUUAUUUUUCCCGGAUGUUUGGCAUUGCCUUCCCACCCGCUCAGAGUGGGAAACCCUCUCCCGAGGAUACAAGCAGCAGCUGGUCGAGAAGCUUCAGGGUGAACGCAAGGAGGCUGAUGGAGAACAGGACGAAGAGGAAAAGGAUGAUGGGGAAGCUAAAGAGAUCUCUACACCUACGCACUGGUCUAAACUGGAUCCAAAAACAAUGAAGGUAAAUGACCUUCGCAAAGAAUUAGAAAGUCGAACCCUUAGCUCUAAAGGACUGAAAUCUCAGUUGAUAGCUCGACUGACAAAGCAGCUGAAAGUAGAGGAACAAAAAGAAGAGCAAAAGGAGCUAGAGAAGUCUGAGAAAGAAGAGGAAGAGGAGGAGGAUAGGAAAUCUGAAGAUGACAAAGAGGAAGAGGAAAGAAAACGUCAAGAAGAAAUGGAACGUCAGCGGCGGGAGAGACGAUAUAUUUUGCCUGAUGAACCAGCAAUCAUUGUACAUCCUAACUGGGCAGCAAAGAGUGGGAAGUUUGACUGUAGCAUUAUGUCUCUUAGUGUUCUUCUGGACUAUAGAUUAGAAGAUAAUAAAGAACAUUCCUUUGAGGUAUCAUUGUUUGCUGAACUCUUCAAUGAAAUGCUUCAGAGAGAUUUUGGUGUCAGAAUUUACAAAGCACUGAUUUCUCUCCCAGAGAGGGAGGACAAAAAAGACAAAAAAAGCAAAAAAGAUGAGCGAAAAGAAAAAAAAGAAGAAAAAGAUGAUGAAACAGAUGAUCCAAAACCUAAGAGGAGAAAAUCUGGAGAUGAUAAAGACAAAAAAGAAGAUAGAGAUGAAAAGAAGAGGGAAGAUAAAAGGAAAGAUGAUUCUAAAGAUGAAGAAGAAACUGAAGAUGACAAUAAUCAAGAAGAAUAUGAUCCAAUGGAAGCAGAAGAUGCUGAAGAUGAAGAUGAAGACCGGGAUGAAGAGGAAAUGAACAAACGGGAGGACAGAAGAGAGGGAAAUAGGCAUUGUAAAGAGAGGUCGUCUAAAGAUAAGGAGAAAGACAAGACGCAGAUGGUAACUGUUAAUAGGGAUCUUCUGAUGGCUUUUGUUUAUUUUGAUCAAAGUCAUUGUGGAUAUCUUCUGGAGAAGGACAUGGAGGAGAUACUGUACACUCUUGGACUACACCUGUCACGUGCUCAGGUCAAGAAGCUACUUAAUAAAGUAGUGCUUAGAGAAUCUUGCUUUUACAGAAGACUAACAGAUACUUCUAAAGAUGAAGAAAACCAAGAAGAGUCUGAAGAGCUACAGGAAGAUAUGUUAGGAAACAGAUUACUGUUACCAUCACCUACUAUAAAGCAAGAAUCAAAAGCCAUAGAAGAAAAUGUUGGCCUCAUUGUGUACAAUGGAGCUAUGGUGGAUGUUGGGAGCCUUUUACAAAAGCUGGAGAAAAGUGAAAGAGUGCGGGCAGAGAUAGAACAAAAGCUUCAGUUACUAGAAGAAAAAACAGAUGAGGACGAAAAGACCAUACUACAACUGGAGAAUUCUAACAAAAGUCUAUCUACGGAGCUCAAAGAAGUAAAAAAGGACCUUGGCCAACUGCAAGAAAAUUUGAAGAUCUCGGAUGAUAAAAAUUUGCAAUUUGAGGGUCAGCUGAAUAAGACAAUCAAAAAUUUAGCUACUGUUAUGGAUGAAAUACAGAGUGUUCUUAAACAGGAUAUUGUGAAGAACGAAGAUAAAGAUCAGAAAUCCAAAGAAAAUGGAGCAAACGUAUGAUAAAACUGCUGCUGUUUAGAAGAAUGGUGUUACAUAAUGUAAUAUAAAUCAUGAUACCAGAAUGUAUGGGAAGUGAUGCAUGUUUGAUUUUAGUAGUAUAAAUAUCUUAGUUCCAAAAGAUGUAUAAAGUUUUAUGAAUGUGAGUGUCUGCUUCUGAAGAUUGCUUGUAAUUCUUAGCCUUCAAUUUGAGACACUCCUCAAGUGAAAAUAAUUUUGCAUUGCAAAAUGUUUUAGGAUGAACUUUGUUACAGUUUUAACCCUAAUAAAGUUCAUCAACGUAAUGAACAGUAGCAAGUAUUUAAUUACCAAAUGUUUUUCAUUAAAGUCUAGUGAAAUCAAAAUUUUCGUUAUUUAUAGAAUUGCCAUUUUUAGGUUUUUAUUUUUAUUUCGGUCUAAUUAGUCUUUUUAAAUUCAAAUAUAAAUCACAAAAUAGCAUGCUGCUUAAUUUUGCAAGUAAAGAUUUUUUUUUUUAAAAAAAAGCUUCUUGGAUUUUUUUUUUACUUGUCGCAACUUUCUUUUCCCUUCCAAAUGUAACUUUCUUCCCCAAAGCUGCUUGUAUUAAAGCCUCAUAAUAUACAGUAGUUCAGAUGAGUUAAGAAAGCAAUAGAAACCUACCAAAAUACUGGUAGAGUUGUGAGAUUUAUAUGACAAUACAUGGGCCUGUUUUAAAUGUAUGUCAUUUGUGUUCCUUUAAUUGUUCUUAUCUUUGGAUUAAUAUAUAUGCUCCUUUUUAAUAACAAAUGCAGUGUAUUAAAAUGUAUGGUUGGAUACCAGGCCAGUAGAUGUCAGAAUAAUGCCUUACAUGGACAAAAAGCUACCAUUGUAAGCCGCCUUUAAUUAAAUUUGGACUUCUUUCUUAA